CAGGCGUUACAAAGAAGCCUAAACAAGAUUUUGCAGCCAGCAGUUGCACAGAGGAAGCGACUGUGUUUGUGCGUCCGUCUGCGAGAAGACAGGUGGAACGAGGGUGCAGAAUACUAACUAAGGAUAGAAAAGCUGUUGGGUGUGACGGAGUGAAGAAGAGGUUGAUCCCAGUGCAGAGAAGUAGGAGCACGGGGGAAGGAAGAGGAGGGUUGAGACACAGUAAGCAGAGUGGAACAAGUUCUUUUUGCAGGUGAGCUAACCCUCAGAGAGGCAGCAUCCGCAGACAUGCCCAACUUCGCUGGCACCUGGAAGAUGAAGAAAAGUGAGAAUUUUGACGAACUUCUCAAAGCCCUGGGAGUGAAUGCUAUGUUGAGGAAGGUGGCUGUGGCAGCGGCCUCCAACCCCCAUGUGGAGAUCCGCCAAGAUGGUGAACAGUUUUACAUCAAAACAUCCACCAGUGUGCGCACAACUGAGAUCAACUUCCACAUUGGUGAAGAGUUUGACGAGGAGACUGUGGACGGGCGAAAGUGCAAGAGCCUUGCCAACUGGGAGUCGGAAAACAAGAUCCACUGUAAGCAGACUCUGGUGGAUGGUGAUGGACCCAAAACCUACUGGACUCGAGAGCUGAACGGCGACGAGCUCACACUGAUAUUUGGGGCAGAUGAUGUUGUCUGCACACGGAUUUACAUUCGGGAAUGAAGCUCUACAGCCUCAACAGGAUACAGCAGACAACACAGGGCAAAUCUCACAAUUUAUUCAAACCCACAAUAGUCUGUCAUGCUAACAUGCUACAGAAUUGCAAGAUAUUCUGUGUAAUGUCUCAGUAGCAAUCUGCAUAGUCUCUUACAUGCAAUAGUGAUGUUUGUGUAAUCUGGUUAUUGUGUGUGCAGUACAGUAGUUGUCUAUCUCAAAGUCCAUUCCGCCAAAACUGCAAAUGUUUUUUGUAGUAAUUGGUCACCAACUGCAUCCAGUAAGUAUUCAUAUUCCAUGUCAUGCAACAAUAAAAACAA